AUGUCAGACUCAGUAACCGAGGCGGAUUUGGAAAUGGAGGAUCAAUCGGCGAGGUCGAGGCCCGUCUCGCGGCCCAGGUCACGGGCAUCUCGUCCGUCAUCGGCGUCGUCAACGCGAUCGACGCGUUCGACGCGCUCCAUACUUGUGGAGGACGAGUUGUCCGGGUGUUUGGUAUCCCGCGACGACGGGCUCACGAGGGCGGCUGUCGCUAAACGGCCACAUACGGAUGGGUCGGGCCCCUCCGUGACGGUGGGUGGCGGGGUUCAGCCCUCCAAAAUACCCUGUCCGUCGAACCGGAAGGGGGCGCCCCUCAAUGUUCAGAGUGCGAAAGGACCUAAUUCGCCGCCGGCUGUGUCACGGCAAAGCAGUCUGCAGGGGGAGAGCCCCCUUGAUGAUGUGGUAUUCGCUCGUCCUAAAGAGGUGAUGUGCAGCAAGCCAUCCCCAAAGGAGCCGGCAGCGAUCACUGUCUACAGGGCGGAGGCAAAGAGCAAGCUGUGCACGGCCUUGGCGACCAUUGACAAGUGCCGCAAUAUCAAGGGGGUCGAUACAAAGAAGCUGAAGGAGGACCUCGGAAGCAUCCUAAUUAUGACGGAAAGGUUGGACCCGAGUGUUACCGUGGACGAGACCUUCUCCUCUUGGGCAGCAGAAAGGAGUAAGGUAAUGGCGGACCUUGAGAAGCUCCGCAAAGAAAAUGUGGAGCUUCGCAAGCAAAUUAAUCUGCUCAUCAGGGGAGGGUCUGGGCUCCGGACUCCUUCAGUUGCCCCCUCGGCUUCAAAGGAACCGGCGAAGGUGAGCGUCACAGCCCCGGUUCCUGCGCCGAGUGAUGUCGAGGCAUUCAGGGCGGAUAUCUUGGAGUCGGCCGGCCGCUUAAUUUCGGCCCAGGUGGAGGAACAGAUGAGGAAGGGCUUCAUCCAGUUGCGGGCACUUCUGGACAAGUCCUCCCCGGCGCCGACUAUCCGCCCUGAGUACCGCCCGCCACUUCAAAGCGACGGGCAGUACGAGGUUCUGUCACGUCUGCCUGGCGCAGGGGGACCAGGAUUUAGGGACGCUCCCCAUCUGCAGGGAAGUCGGGGUGCAGACUUCCCACGUCUGGAGAAGCGUCAGCCCCCCCCCCGGCCGGUUUCCGACGGGCAGCAGCCGGGCCCGGCGGGCGGGGGACGCGCGCAAGAAGGGGGGAACACGGUGGUGAAACGGGGCAAGGAGCUCUGGGGCUGCCUCUCAGGGGAAGAAGAGCAAGCAGACCCCGCCAUCACCGUCCAAACUGCGUGCGCCGCGAUCUGCGGCUGUGGUUGUUACCCUCGCUCCGGGGCGGAGGCUGGCGGGCUGACGUACACGGAUGUGCUCAAGGAGGCGAAGAGCAAAAUAGACCUCGCCUCCUUGGGGAUUGGAAGCUUACGCUUUAAGACCGCGGCUACUGGGGCCCGUAUACUGGAAAUACCAGGGUCCCAGACGGGAGAACAGGCCGACGCGCUUGCGUCGAAAUUCCAAGAGGUUUUCCCGGCGGAUACCGUCCGCAUCUCCAGGCCCGUCAAAACGGCCGAAAUGAGAGUGAUGGGCCUGGACGACGGUACCGACGGGGAAGAGGUGGCAGCCGCCGUAGCCCAGCAGGGCGAGUGUGCGGCGGCCGCCGUUAAGGUCGGAGAAAUUCGACGAGGCGCGUCAGGCCUGGGCACCUGCUGGGUGCGGGCCCCACUAGCCGCGGUCAAGCGGAUUACGACGGCAGGCCGGAUCAAGAUCGGCUGGGUGACCGCUGCUGCGGAACUGCUGCGGCAGAAGCCGCUCCGGUGCUAUCGGUGCCUCGAGAGCGGGCACGUGUUGGCAAGGUGCUCGCACGAGGAGGACCGGAGUGGCUUAUGCUACCGGUGUGGAGAACCCGGCCACAAAGCGGCUGGGUGCAUGGCGACUCCACACUGCGUGGUAUGCGCAGCGGCGGGUCGCCCAGCCGAUCACCGGGACGUACUUGAGAAGGAGACUUGGGAUUUGGAAUUUUGGGAAGAGGAAGGACAAAUGCUUUACGCCAAAUAUCAGGAAAUUCUGAGGACUGUAAGGAAAAAUUUAAAAUAUGAGUUAAUACGGGGAGGAUAUUGUGUAGGAUUGGAAGAAUCAUGGCUCUGCUAA